AAGUGAGCCAGCAUUGUCCUGGCUUGAAAGGGAACAGCGAGGGGCGGGGGGAAUCCCCCUUGCUUACAUCUCUCAAAAUAGUUUCUUGCUGGUGCGUAGCAGCUCCUUGCCAGGCAGCCUGCUAGCAGAGGGGGCCAGCAGUGACAUCUUCCUGGCUGAGUCGCUGCCCAGCGAGGCUGGCAGUUUUGGGGACAGAUUGUCUGGACUUGGGAGCCCCCUUUGGGCAUUGCUACUCGGCUAAUAUUUAAUAUCUGUAGCCAGGCUGGGAGAGGGAGCCUCAAAAACUAGUUUGGAGGAUGACAAGGGGCUGAAAUCUCUGCUGCUGCUGCUCCAGCAGGCAGGUUGGAGGGAAGGUGUAGGACCCUUCUCACUCGUCUUCCGUGGCUCCUCGGGUUCGAGCUGCAUUCUCUUAACAUCCUGAAAUUCCCCUGGCUGAGAAACGGGCACUGAAAUGCUGCUUUGCUGCCUGCGCCAAUAGCUGCUCCUAAUAAACUGCUGUGGAAUAGGAGGCUUUUUUUCCAUCUCUGCCUCUUUACAACCACGCGCAACACCAGCUGGAUGGAAAUUGGGUGCAGUGUGGCUUAAAACCAUGUCGCGCUGCCAUAAUCCGUCGCCAUCUGGGGUUGCUCUGGAUUGAUUUUUGUAGGCGCUGCUGCUCUAACAUGUCGCUUGUCAGAAGGAGAAACUCUUCCAGCAGAGAUUCACCGUGGCCGUUUUAAGCCGAGUUUGCAAAGCCAAUGUUGGCAUGCUGGGCCCUUCUCCAGCUGGCAGGGGCUCAUCGCCAGGCCCAGCUCGCUGGGGAGGAUGGAGAGAGAGGGUCUCUGCGUGUUCACACAUGUGCCGGAGGGAAAAGCUGUUUUUGGUGGGAAAGUGUUUAUGAUCUCCUCCAAGCAUGGCUGGAUUUUCCAGGGGACCACACCUCACUUGGCAAGCAAGGCGCCAGGGUUUGGACUUGCUGCUAAAUAUCAUGUUACAGGAUCACAGGUGUGUUUUGUUUUUCCUGUGAGGCUGAAGGGCUUUCAAGCACCUCUUGUUUUUCAGGACACGCAAGAGAAAGAAACAGUCAUCCCCGAGAGAGCAGAAGAAGCGAAGCUGAAGGCCAAAUACCCUAACCUAGGCCAGAAGCCUGGCGGGUCAGACUUCCUCAUGAAGAGACUGCAGAAAGGGCAAAAAUACUUCGAUUCUGGGGACUACAACAUGGCCAAGGCGAAGAUGAAAAACAAGCAGCUGCCAAGUGCGGGGCCAGACAAGAACCUGGUGACAGGAGACCACAUCCCCACUCCUCAGGAUCUCCCCCAGAGAAAAUCCUCACUUGUAACCAGCAAGCUGGCAGGGUAACCUGCACUCGGAGGAGUUUUCGUUCCCCCCUC